GUGACGCGCCCCGCCUAACUUGAAUCCGAACAACCGGAAGAGGCGUGUCGCUAGCUGCGAGCUAAAGUUUGACGGCUGCUGCUUUCACUUUCAGACAGUCGGGGAGUGGAACGAGCUUCCUGGGAAACGAAACAACGCGCCGACGUGUCAGUGGCCGCCGCCGCCCCCCAUUCCCGUCGCGUGUACACGCAGUUAACGCUCUCCGGUAUAUUAACGCGUCACAGAUUCUAGCCGUUAAGACGCGCGCGGGUCGCGUCAGUUAACCAGCUUCGGCAGCAUGGACGGCGGCGCGAGCGCGAAGAGCAGCGAGGAGAAGGGAGCCGAGAGGCUAAUGGACGACUACCUGAAGACGAUGGGGCUGCAUCGGAAGAGGAUCGCCAAAGACGGCUCGUGCCUGUUCAGGGCGGUCGCGGAGCAGGUGCUGCACUGCCAAAGCCUCCACACCAAAGUGCGGGCCAAGUGUGUGGAGUUCCUGCAGGAGAACCGAGGGAGCUACGAGGCGUUCAUUGAAGGCGACUUUGAGGAUUAUCUCUUCAAGCUUCAGGACCCGCAGCAAUGGGUGGGAGAGGUGGAGAUCAACGCGCUGUCCGUCAUAUACAAGAGAGAUUUUCUGAUCUUCCAGGAACCUGGAAAACCGGCCGUCCACAUCACAGACAACGACUUCAAAGACAAGGUGCGGCUGUGUUUCCUGAACGGGAAUCACUACGACAGCGUUUACCCCGUCAGCUUCAUCAGAGGCGCCGCCCUGUGCCAGUCCAUCUUGUACGAGCUGCUGUACGACGGCGUGUUCCAGGCGGAGCGGAGUUCUCUGGGCUCGUGCCACCGGCCCAGCCGACCCGCCGACGUCCUGAGCGACGACGGCAUGAACGCUUGCAUCAGCAGCGACGACUCAGACCUGGAGGCCGGGGAGCCGUGGGUAGAAAACGUAACGAACACGACGAGACAAAGCAACCAGAGAGGCCGUGGGCGGGGCCGUCUCCUGCCUGAGAGAGUGAGGCGUUCACUGAACCCGACACUGUUCAGGAAUGUGGAGUACGACGUCUGGCAGAAGUCCAAGAGAGCACAACAGAAGUUGGAUUAUUGCAUCGCUGCCGGGAUGCAGUUCACCGUCGGAGACCGCUGUCAGGUUCGUCUCGACGCAGGUGGGCGGAGCUUCAGCGCCACCAUCAAGGAGGUUUCUCCCAACAACGGCCCGGUGACGGUUUAUUUAGAAGAAUUGGGAACCAGGAAACAGGUCCCCCUGUGGAGUCUCCGGCCCCCCAACAACGAAAACAGCUGGAGCACCGUGGUGAACCGGGACAAGAGGCUGAGCAACGGACACGGAGAGUGGGAGGAGCGAGGUAAAGGGAGAGGCCGGGGGAAGAACCUCGCAGCUUCUUCAUCCUCCUCCUCGCCCAUUUCCCCGGCCGCGCCCCCGAGCGCCACCGGGCGCGUGCAGAAGCAGCACUCGUGGCCCCCGCAGGCCACCGUAGAGGAGGGAGCAGCCAAAUCCGUCAGGAAGUCUCUGAGCUCCGUGGAUCCGCCCUUCGGCCUGACGGACAAGCAGCGCUCGGCCAAAGAGGACCAGAACCUGAAGGAGAUCCAUCUCUGGGACGAGAACAGCUUCCCCGCCCUCGGCACUCGGGGAGGGAUGCAGACUGAUGGAGGGAGGAGGAAAGGAGGAGAGAAGAGAACCAAGACGAAAAGUCCAGUUGACGACGUCGGCGCUUCGUCUCCGGGAGAAAGACCCAAAUCCUCCACCCCCCCUCCUCCUGAGAGCACUCCUGCCCCCCCUAGCUCCUCCCUCCCUGCCCUUAGCUCCUCCCUCCCUGCUGCUCCGUCUGCAAACUCCGACUCUAAUAAUUCAGCUCAGACGAACGCACAGGGUUCUCCUCCUCCUCUUCCUCCCUCGGCCACUCUCUUCCUCACCCCUGCUCUCGCUCCUGCUUCCUCCCCCCCGACUCCCCCCGCAAUCUCCUCCUCCUCCUCCUCCUCACUUCCUCCCAAGUCGUCCUCCUCCCCUCCUGCGUCCUCGUCACUGCCCCCUCCCACUUUCAUCGCCCCCAUUGCUCCGUCUCCCACCGCCGCUCAGGGCUUCCUCCCCCACUCCUCCCUCCCCCCCCACUCCCCCAGUCCCACCUCCUUCUUCUCCUCCUCUGUAAUCCACCAGGCUGCUCUGGUCCGUGAGGCUCCGCCCCCUUCAGCCCCAAGUUCUUUGAACGUUGGAACUUCUCUGAGUUCAUCUCAGUCCUCCUCGAUGCCGAUGAACCAGAUCUCUGUGGCCCAGACCCGGACCCGGGCCUUGCUAACCCAAGGGGAGGUCCAGAUGCAGGGCGUCACCCACCAGCACCAACCCCAGUCCCACCCGGAAGUGGCCUCCCUGCCACACACCCAGACCCAGCCGUCCCUCCCUCAGGUCCAGGUCUCCCACCCCCAGGUCCAGGUCUCCCACCCCCAGUCUCAGGUCCAGGUCUCCCACCCCCAGUCUCAGGUCCAGGUCUCCCACCCCCAGUCUCAGGUCCAGGUCUCCCACCCCCAGUCUCAGGUCCAGGUCCCCCACUUCCAGCCCCAGCCUCAGGUCCAGGUCCCCCACUUCCAGUCCCAGCCUCAGGUCCAGGUCCCCCACUUCCAGCCCCAGUCUCAGGUCCAGUACUUCUCCCAGGCUUCAGGUCCCCAUCCUCCUCACCCCUCCCAAGUGCCCCAUCCCUCCCUCUCCCUCCAACCCCCCAUCCCCCAGAAUCCAACGGAGGCAACCCUCGCUCCGCCUCACCCCGAGUCCACGGUCCAUGGCCCCUCCCACCCUCACCCCCCCCAGCCCGCCCCGCCCCCCCCCCACCAGUCCAUCCUGGGGGCGGUUCCCCUGCAGCAGCUGUCCCAGCUGUUCCAGGACCCCCUGUACCCCGGGUUCCCCCAGGGGGAGCUGGGCGAGGUGGCGGCGACCCCCCUCUUCUCCUCCAGCUCAUCGGGGGACGACCUGCCGCAAGAUCUCAACAUCUUAAAGUUUUUCUUCAACUUGGGCAUCAAGGCCUACGCCAUGCCCAUGUGCCCCCCCUACAUAUACCUCCUCCCCCUCCAGCAGGCCCACGCCAUGCACCCCCAGCACCCCUCCCGCUCCCCCUCCCCCACCCCUCACUACCACCACCCCCCCUCCAGGCAGCAGGAGGCGUACCCCCACCCCCAGUACCCGCCGCAGUACGAGCAACAAGCCCCGCCCCCUGAGCCCCCCCAUCCCGGCGACCCCCAAUUCGGCCAGGCCGGGUACCCCUUCACCCAGCCGCCCCCCCACAGGAUGUCCUCCCCCUCCUUGUCCUGGCAACAGAACCAGAUGCCCCCUCCCAGAAACGCCGGCUACCAGGUGGGGUACCCGACCACCGGUUCCCCGUACCGGGCGUCCCCCCCCUUGUCUCAGGGCUACCACCCAGGUCAAGGCCACCCCAUGUACCCCCAGUACCCCCCCGAAGAGCUCCAGGGGAGUCAAGGGCCUCCGGAGAAGCGCCAGCCCACCAACGGGGACCCGAUGCCCGGCCGGGGGCUUCUGGAGGGCCCCGCCUCUGCUAACGUGGCUAAUGCUAACAACAGAACAGCGGUUCCUGGUUUUGCCCUGAAGAAAGAGCCGGGAGACGGUUUGACCAGAGCGGUGCUGCUGGUGGACCCGCCCUUCAACAACAGGCCCAUCAUGAAGCUGGUUUCAAAACCUGACGUCGGCGACGUCUCCAUGGCGACCAGAAGCUCCCCCGGCUCCCCGUUGCCGGGAGACAGCCGCCCCUCCCGCGGUUACCGGAGGAGCUACGUCCAGCUGGGGGCCCCGGAGCCCGGCAGGGGGGGCUACACGGAGUCCCUGUCCGUGGGCUGCAGCACAGAGGAUGACUGGGGGGCCGGACUCAAACCCACGAGCCUGAACCCUCGGGGAGCGAGGAGGAACCCCAGGGGCCCGCGGGGCAGGGGGGGCCCCCGGAGGAGACACGGAGGGGACCCGGGGGCGGACCUAAACUACAUCCAGUUUAACCCCUCCCACAGGGGGAGGGGCCGGGAGAGAGGGUACUAGCCCUCGACCAAUGAGAAGAGACGCUGGGAAAGGGGGAUUUAGUUCGUUUUUCUGGGGCGAUUUGUGUUACUCGCGUCUCCAGUUAGCUUAGCAUAAAGACUUUUAUGCUAAGCUAAAAGUCUGUAAUUCCAACAUGAGUGCAAUCUCAAAUUUCAGACUCUGGCGUCCCUUGAACGCAGCACGACAGCCGAGCGCUUCGCAUGUCGGUAAAUUUACAUUUAAACGUAGUUCAGCAACAAACUCCGUGCACUUCCUGUUAGCACCGAGCUAAAGAUCAAAGACACUUUGUUGUUGUUGUUGUGAAACGGCUUCAUGGGAACGAAGCUGAGGGUGUUUCUUUUAAUGGUUUCUUCUUCACUGGUUUAUUCUUCGUCACCUUUAAUCACCUCCAGAGAUUCAGUGCCUUACGUUUGCUGCUUUUUACCCUUUUAUUUAGUUUCUUCUGUACAGAACUGAAAGCUGUUGGGAUUUUUCUAUGCGAUUAAAUAAAACUUUGGUUCAGAUCUUCUUUGUUUGUAAAUGAAUUAAAUAUUUCAUAGAUUUAUGUAUAAGUAAUUAAACAUUUAAUUGAUUAAA